UUCCAGGACGUCAUGCUUCUAAAUCAGUCAGUGCUGUUUGAUGGUGCUGCUGGUAUUCAUGACCGAUAUAGAGACAUGAGGCUUGAUGUAGACAACAUGUCAUAUGAGGAAUUGCUAGCACUAGAAGAGCGGAUUGGAGAUGUUUGUACGGGUGUAAACGAGGAAACCAUAUCAAACCGGUUAAAGCAACGAAAGUACAAAAGCAACACAAAGUCUCCACAAGAUGCAGAGCCAUGCUGUAUUUGUCAGGAGGAAUACACUGAGGGAGAAGACAUGGGGACACUAGAAUGUGGGCACGAGUUCCAUAGCCAAUGCAUAAAAGAAUGGCUGAAACAGAAGAAUCUUUGUCCAAUCUGCAAGACCACAGGCUUGAAUACCGCCAAGAAGCGGAGGAUAGGAUGAUGAUGAUGAUAUCUCAUGAGAAGCUUCAUUUUUUUUUCUUUAACAAUUCAUUUUAUAAUCAAAAAAUGAAAGAAACCGAAGACACCCUCAAGCCCCCCACCACCGUUGCAGAGCCAGGCAAGUUGGUUCCCAAUUUUUUUAUUUUCUUUUUUUUAAAAAAAAAUAUAGAAUUUGUUCGUAUUUAUAUAAGCUGAGUAUGGAAUAUGGAAAGAUUUGGAUUGAAGGCAAAGAUGGAGGGUUGAUAGGGGAAAUGUUGUUUUUCUUUUCUGGAUUUGUUUGGAUAAUUUAAUUCUACCCAUUAUUGUCAAUUAAGUUUAUGAAACCUUUUGAAAGAAGCAGGCCGAUUUUGAGAUUAUAUAUUGUUUUGGGUUACUGGCU